AGUGACUGCACGCGCGCGACUUACGCAAUAAAACGAACGCAGCCGGCGCGACCCGCAUGACACACUUUUAAAUAUCAUUUCAAAAUCCACUACUCAUUUUAAACACUAAAAUUAUUUAUAAAUCUUAUCAAUAAUUUACAAGUCGCAUAAAAAGUUUUUGAUUAAUUCAAGUAGGUAGAUAGCAAUAAAAGUUAUUCGUAAUAGAAAAUUGAUUUGACGAUAAUUUUUCGCGCCUUUUCACCGGAACGUUUGUUUCGUAAAUUACAUAGUUACGAGGUUUUUUUCGAUACAAUUUUUGUGUGAAAUUUAUGUGUUGAUAUUUUUUUGUUAAUAAUAAUGUGUAGAACGCAGUGUUAUUUUUUUAUUGUGCGUUUGUGUGAUGUGUGAGUUCAGUGCAGUAAUAUUUUUCGAGGCACCAUCUGUCGAAAAGGUGGAGCAGGCGGCGGGCUCGAGGCGUGCGGCGCGGGCGCCGGGGGCUGCUCGUGCUGGCCGCCCGCGCCGCCUGCGCCCGCGCACCACCCGCUGCGAGCGCUCGAACUCAUGCCGCCGCCGCUGCUUAGAUCGAACCCUCUGUUCACGGAGGAGGAGGAACAAGAGGUAGUGAUCAUUGUGGACUCUCUCGAGUCCACUGAGGGAGAGGUCCCGGAUCCGGAGCCACCACGAGUGCCUCGUCGAGCGCCCUCUACGUCCUCAGGUUAUGGCAGCGGCGGCGGUAGCCACGGUCGCGUCUCACCAGCACGCAGCGUGGCGGCGCCUGACCAGCACGAGGGCUCUCAGAGCACCUCCGACUCAGACCAGAGCCCUGACUGCACGCUCUCAAGGAGCCUGAAGGAGGAUAUUCGGGCAUGUCUUGGAGGAUGCAGAUGGGAAAAAGACGUAGGCGACGUGGUAGAGGCGGCAGUGAGGGGCGCGGGCGGCAUCAGCGCUGCGCGGGCGCGCCUCCAAGCAGCGUUACUGGCGCUCCACGAGCCGGGGGUUCGGCUGCCCAACCGGGGGCCCUCGCUGCCUUACUGCGGCCCUGGCGUGCGGCCCGGUGACGUCACCAUGAUGCCUAAGAACACUGAAAUGUCGCUAUUGGCCGCCAGCGCACUGUUCACACUAGAUGGCGCUCGGGGCGAAGCUCUAUCGAGGCGGCUGGCGCGCGACGAGCGGCGCCGGCGGCGGUGUCGCGCCGUGCUGGCAAUCACGGCGCUACUACUGCUGCUAGCUGCUGUGGGCGCUGUUGAACUGCUCAUGUCGCGAGGACAAAGAGUCUUUGGAGCUGUCCUGCGGUGAACUUGAUUCUAAGUCUUGCGCAGUGACAAGAAAAACGACCAUUUUGGAUUCCACUAUCGAUGUUAAUUAAUAAUUACUUAUUACAUAAUAUAUUUGUUAUGAUGUAGGCCUACUUAACGCCUAACACGAAUUUUAUUGCAAUCAAUAUAUUAGUUUAGACAGAUUCUUUGCUUUUGCAUGGUUAGCAGGCGUUAGUGGGCAUAAUUAUUUACUUGUAACUACUUUUUAGUAAUGUAGAUAGACAAGAAUCGAUAUUUCUAUAGUCUUUUGUAUAUAAUUGUAUACCUAAUAAAUACGAAUGUUUGAACUAAUCCUAUUUCUUGUAUACUUUACUGACUGCUUAACGUGCCCUCCGAAGCACGGAACUUACUUUCAGACAAUCGGGUGAUAAGCUUGCAAUGUCCAAGCCAAACUAACAGACGAACUCUGUUGUCUUCUAUGAUUUUUGGCUCUGCCCUCCAUAAAAGGCAUUUUGGGCAUAUUAGCCCCGAUUCCUGCAGAUACCUCCUAAUUUUACUCUAAGUUAUACCUGCCAUUUUCUUAUUCGCCGAAAAGGAAAGGGACGGAUGAUUAACAGUCGUAAAUUUUAGGAACAUUGAGUAAAUUAAUGAAUAAUCCGGGCGAAUCAAAAAGGUAUCUCGCUGGUAUGCAAACCGUUUGACGUGUGCUGUCAAGUUAAUUCUGUUGGGUUAUUGGCUUAAAAUUGACGUGUGUUGCAUAAAUGUUAUGCUUGUCGAUUACUUGUCCCUUUCCUUUUCGGCGGAUAAGAAAAUGACAGAUAUAACUUAAAAUAAAAUUAUAUGGUGUUUAGUAACAUAUUGGUGGACUUAGCACCAAUAUGUUACUUAAAUAGUUUUUUUGGUUAUUAUCUAUAUAAUAUUGUUACGUGAUAUUUAGUUAAUGAUAUUUGUUUUAGUAGAUAAGGCUCAUAUUUAUCAAUAGAGGCAUUAGUUUUAAUUAUAUACGCACUUUGAUAGUGGAAUACAAUAAAAUUUAUCUAAUGUAGUUAUUCAAUGCAAAACUGUGAAAUGUAUAGGUACUUAUUUAGAUAAUAAUUCUAGUUGGUAAUGGUGUUGCCAGACGUAGAAAACGAAAAAAUCUAAACAAAAUAAAUAUUAAAACACAUAAUACCGGGUUCUUACCGCGUUAAAAUCAGGGAUAUGAGACUCCCAAUAUUUCAACUCUGUUGCAAGUGCCAUGAUCACGGGAUGACUGAUGAAAUUGGAGUGGAGUUGUUAGGUUCAUAAAUACAGACAGAUUAGAGGGUAGACAGAAUAGACAGAUAUGUUUGCCCUUAGAAAAUUAUGGAUCUACCUACUCCACUCCAAUUUCAUCAUUCAUCCCAUGGGAUGGUCAUAACCAUGGUACUUACAACAGUGUUGAAAUAUCAGGACUCUCAUAUCCCUGAUAUUUUUGUAUGGGUGCAAGUGUACGGAAUGUAAGUGACAUCGUAACGAAUACUGAGAGGGAUGAUUCAGCUCAAUAUUUUGAGUUAAUAUCAAGAGCAAUUUUCCAUCGUCUGUUUCAUCCACUUCAGUAUUCGCUACGAUGUCACUAACAUCCUGUAAAUGCCAUUCUAUUUUUUAACCUAAACAAGUAAUAAUAUAUCAUGCCUGGCAACAUCAUUACAUUUUUAAGGGUAUUUUUCGAUCACCGAUAUAUUGGUGCCAUAGAAGUCAGAAAUAAUAUUCAUCAAUUUUAAUUCCUUUCUGAAAGUCAACAUACCCUGUUUCUUCAUUAUAUAUUAUUUUUGUUUUUUUUUUUUUUGCAAUGGAGGUAAGUAUGAUAAUUGAUUAAUUACCUGUACAUCGAAAUUUAGCUCGUUUAUUUUGUAAAAAAAACCUAAGUAUACCUACCCUAUAAGAAGAACCCCCUCCCCUACCCCCUACCCUACCCCAUAGGGUAGACCCGACCCGACCUACACCUUCUCAUAAGAAGGUGUAGGUCGGGUCGUAUCAGGAGGUGAAGAAGAGAGGAAUGGCGAUUACUCCACCGACAAGAGCGCAGCUCUUAAAUAAAGAGAGAGACCUACCCUAUAUUCAGAUAUCCUCCACUAAACCGCAGUGGAAUAGGGUGGUAGGAGUAUGCUCCAUAUUCCCUUCUGUUGAUUGAGGGUUUAAGCCUAUGCCUAGUAGUAGUAGCGGGAUGUAGUAAGUAGGCUGUUCAUAUUUUUCAAAUAUUAUCGCCAUUACAAUUCAUCUAGUUAUUACUUAUUAGUAAUCGUCAUCAUCAUACCCUCAUCUCUAUUAUGGGUAGACAGAGUGUCUUCCAUUUUGAAAUAUCCUGUCAAUUGUUGACGUUAUUUCUUUAAACGUUUCGAAAUUCGAAACAAAAACCGACAAUAUUUCCAUACAAUAAAACUGAAAAUUCUGAAGAAUCCUGAUGUGCUUUUAGCAAUAGCCAUCGUAGACCAGGGUGGUUUAAAAGGCCACAUCAAAGCAAUUCAUCUAAACAGCAAUAUUGCUAUUUGACAUUUGUUUGCAUUGCGCACUUACUUUUAUAUGCGCAAAUGUCAAAUUGCAAUAAUCGUUUUUUUAGAUGAAUUGAUUCGUUGUGGCCUUUUUAACCCCCCAGUAUUCGUAAGUUUGUGAAUUAUAAUCUCUGUCUACCUUACAAAUAAAAAAAUAAAACAGGGAUGAACGUGGGUUUAAGUAUUUGACAGCCAAGAAAAGUUUAGUCAAAUCGUAUGAUAAUUGGAUUCAAUUUUUCUUGGCUGUCAAAUACUUAAACCCACGUUCAUCCGUGGUUUAGUUUUUUUUGUAAGGUGGUGUGAGUUUACAUACUUACGACGCCAGUUCGUAUCCAUACUGCGAUCGAUUAAUUAAUGUAUUAACAAGAAUCGUUUCUCAACACCAGUAUGGAAACACCUUUAUUUAAGCUAUUUUACAAUUCUCCUUCAAAGAAGGUAUAAUAUUACUUCAUUUUUAUAUUAUAAUUUAAACGAUUUGUGAUUUAGAUAAAUGUGA